GUCCCCCAAAUGAGAACAAGUCCUAUUUAUGACUCCUCAAGCGCCCUUCAGUCAUCGCAUUCUUAUUCCAGUUGGAAGAAUUGGCAGCUUUUUGCGUACGACAAACAGGGAAAGAACAUCAAAAGCACUACAAAUAUCAAGCGGUCCUUAAAUUUGAACCGCGAGCUCCUGCUUUCACAGGUGUUGCAGAGUCCCAAAUCUUUAGAGAGGGUUUGUUUUGACACCUCGGGGAGAGGGGAGACGCGCGCAGGGGCAUCCGGAGCUGAUUGCCUCCCCCCGCGACUUAAUUAGCAUCCCGACCGCCAGCUGCAUAGCCGCCGCCGCCGCCGCCGCUGCUGCUGCUACGCGCCGAGCUGGAAAGUAUAGACUGGAGGAGUCUCCGAGCGCUCAAAUAAAAAGCCACGCGGUGGAACAAGCAAGCCCUUCCAUUCUGGAUUACUUCGUUCGCUUCCUGUCCGUCGGGAUGAGGCUAAAGAGGAACGGCUCGUACACGCUGCACAGGAAGUCUAAAACAAAGCCAAAUGGUAAGAAACCAGCAACAGAGGAGAAAAAGCUCUACUUGGAGAGUGAAUACACCAAAGCCCGGGUCUCAGAUUUCAACCUCAAGGAGCUGGUAACAUUACCCAGAGAAAUUGAUCUCAAUGAGUGGCUAGCGAGUAACACAACAACUUUCUUCAAUCUCAUUAACCUCCAGUAUAGCACAAUCUCAGAAUUUUGUACUGGAGAAACCUGUCAAGCCAUGACAGCCUGUAAUACGCAGUACUACUGGUAUGACGAAAGGGGAAAGAAAACCAAGUGCACAGCCCCACAGUAUGUCGAUUUUGUCAUGAGUUUGGUGCAGAAACUGGUUACAGACGAAGACAUUUUUCCUACAAAAUAUGGAAAAGAAUUUCCCAAUUCAUUUGAGUCCUUAGUCAAGAAGAUCUGUAAAUACUUAUUCCAUGUGCUGGCACACAUCUACUGGGUUCACUUUAAGGAGACUGUGGCACUGGACCUUCAGGGACAUUUAAACACGCUAUAUGCACAUUUCAUUGUAUUUAUAAGGGAAUUUAAUUUGGUGGACCCAAAGGAAACCUCCAUCAUGGAUGACCUCACAGAGGUCCUCUUUAGCAACUCUUCCUCUGCACAGAACCAUGUCAAGGAGAGAUGAACCUCCCACACAGAUGCCCAGGAGUGAUAGUCAAGACAUGAAAGAAAUGGCAGAAUCAUCCAGUGAAUAAAGAAAGGAAACCAGACAGUAGACCUUACAAUCAAAUGUUUCAAAAACUUAAAAAUGUUAAAAGACUGAGCAAGAAGAGAAUUUUCAUCCAUACUAGAAACCGAGAAAGCUUUCCCAUGGCACUUCAGCCUGCCGGCCAACUCUUAGGAUCCACACAUGUACAGUUUUAUUUUUUCAGUCUCUUUUCUUUCAUUUGUGUGUUUUUGUUCUGCUUUCCUUGUUUUUUGCCCAGGAGAGUGUUUAUUUACUGUUUAUUUUUACCCUUUUUUAUUUAGUUCACAGAUUAGAAUGGUGCUAGUGCCAUUUUUAAUGUAUGAUUUGUUAAUAUUGUAUGAAACGAAUUACUUUGUUUUUAACUGUAGUGACUUUUGCUUGAGAACCAUUAUGGCAGAUGAUGGACAGGAUAGUUUAAUGGAUGCUCAGUAAGUUGUGGCUGGCACACAUGCUACUCUUUAUAUACCUAUAAAGUGGACAUGGGAGAGAAUUUUGUAAACCAACUGCUAAUUAUCACCUCAGUUAGCUCUUUAUUUGCCGAUUUUGGUCAGAUUCCAUUGGUCAAGGUCUGGUUUCAUAGCAGGAGUAGUGAUUGGGCAGACAAAAUCCACAUGAAUGCAAGUGGAAUAGGAAGUUACUUCAGAAUAUGAAUAAUGUUUAAUGGGUGUACAGGGGCAACAACUUCCUGUUUUACAAAUCAAAGCCCCCGAUGCAGUUUUUUGGGGAAAAAAGCUGAGAUGAGCUGGUAGAGAAGAAAUGGACACUUUAAGUUUGCACCCUUCUUUUCUUGGGUUCCCUUGACCUUAUUUGGUUGCUGCUUUAUAGAAAACAGGCAAGCUUAGGACAAAGACAUUGCUCUGUCUGCAAACCUUCAUACUUUUCUAAUGCAUUUGGUGUGUGUUCUGAUUCAAGGAAAGGGGGACACCUUUGCUGUUUUUUAGCAUCAUGGCCAUCACUCAGUACUGAAACCGUAAAACUGACAUGUUGUCUUGUUUACCUUUAAAAUAACAGAUACAUCAGAAUUACUUCGUUUCCAUAUUUGUCUGUAUAUUUUGUUUAAUAGAAGACUCACUAAGUUUACAUUUUUUUUAAUUAAUCCUUUUCUAAUGGAAACCUUUUUCAUUUUGAGUUUCUAAAGGUGGCUGAAAUGGCUUGGUUCUGUCCCUGAUGUAAGAUUAAUGUCCCAACAAUAGAAGGCUGAAUGCUUGCUUAUCUCUUGCUUUUUAAUAUUUUUUAACUUAAUACUGCCUUCAGCACCCUGGUGGUGAAUUCUAACAAUGUGCAAUAAGAGGAAAGAGGAGGGAAGUUUCUUUUUAUACACAGUGUUUCAAGUAUCAUGCCUUCUUUGCAAAUAGGGUAAUAAAAACUAUUUUAAUCGUGUUCAAAUAGAUUUAUAUGAAGUAAUCUAUCUUUGCACUUUUUAUAUUUGAAGAUUUUUUUUUUUUUUUUUUUUUUUUUUUGCCUUUCCCUCUUUCGUAUUUGCAUAAAUUAAGAUCCUCCAGGAUCCAGUGGUCAACACAGCCAUUUGUAAUAUUUACAGAGAAAACACUUUGAAAAGGAUUCUGUCUCCAAGUCCUUGCAUUAAUAUUACUUCAUUUGAUUGGGAUUUGAUCAUUUCACCUUCUUAAAGCAGAAUUUUUGUCUUUGAACUGCAAGAACCCUUUUCAUAUAUGAGAGUUUAUAAUGAUUGCAUCUAUAAGAAUGCUUUUGAUUUUUUGGCAACUCCCCCCCUUCCCAGAUCUCAAACAUUAAGAUUGUCUUUUUGCUUGGUUAGCUGCAUUGAGUUGUUUUAGGAAAUAAUGUAUAACUUAUUUUUUUUUUAUUAUUUUUAUUGUUAGAAAUGUGUGUAUAUAUGUAGACUGAUGGAUAUACAGCAGCCUGUAAAAGCAAGAGAGUGACCAAAAGAAAGAAAAUCACACACUUUAUUUGUUCAUCCGGUUUGUUGUUUUCCUGCAUUAUGUUUUAGUGGACAGAUGAAGACAAACUUGAAAAUCGUCCCUCGUCCUGACGUCUGCUUUCUGUCUGUCGUGCUAAUGGCAGCAGCACAUGUGUACGUCUUGUCAUGUUGUCCAUGUGCACCCCUCCAUUUUGAAAGGCACGUUAGACUGGCCUAAACCGGGAUGGUUCAGUACUGUUUUUCUUUUCAUUUUAAUUAUGGUAUAAAUAAUUUAAACUCUUAAAGCCGUGUACAAUUUCAAGCUCUUUAAAUUAUAACCUGUUAAACUCAGUCAGCAGUAUACUCAGUAGAUUUGUAUUCUUAACAUUUACAUUUCACUCCACGCGUCAGUCAGUAGGUGUUAGGAGACUCCUAGAAGUCUGUUGUGUAGGUCGACCUAAAAGACGUCUCACAGGAUGUCAGUCCGUCUUCUUAUAUUUUUCUCAUAAGUCUGAACACUGGAGGACAGCCAAGUCAUGAAAAGGACAAUUCUGUGAUUUUUGGAAGGAGAUUCAUGUAUACGCGUAUCUGAAGGCUGAGCUUCUCAUUAUAAACAGCAAAGGUUCCACUUCAAACCGCUGGGUUUUUUUCUGUUUGCUUUGUGAUUGCAGUCCCAGUUCUCCCAUUUAGUUUGAUCCCCCCACCCCCCGGAGUCAAUGGUCUGAAUUGUAAUUUCAGCACAAGACUGAAGAAGCUGGCCAGAGCUGCAAGUGCUGUGCAGGAAGAUGAAAGGCAGAGCUCGGUAGAUGUUGAGGGCCAUCAACUCCUCAAAUUCCCAAAGGCAGACAUGCAUGGAACUCGCGGUGAGCAGUGAAUGGCAUACAACUCUCACUUUCUAGCCAGUUGGAUUUUGCACUAUUGCGACUUGAAGAAUGUAGUAAAUCAGUACAGAGACUCUUCACGUACCCUUUCAGUUCAGGGCAGGAAUCGCUUUGGAGCUUUUUCAUUUAAUUUUUUUUUUUUUUUGUUUGUUUUUAAGGUUUGGCCUAUAUUACGGUGCGUGUGUUGCUUUUGAGCUGAUUUUUGGAGAGUGAUUAUGGUGGUGGUCCACGUCUGUUGUGCCACACGUUUCUGUUCCACUUAAUACCCAAGGAGUCUAUCCAGGCUUUGAGCUGAAGAUCUGCUCAGACGCUGUUGUGUGCUUCACAAUACUGAGACUCCAGGAUACCAAAUUAUAUUGGGAUUCAGAAAAAUGGUCAGCUGCUCCCCAGACUCCUUAUGGAAGUGGGGGUUUGUGAAUUCCUCUGCGCACAAACUUUAAGCUUAAGGUUGACUGGCCACUCAGGAGAGUUCGGCUCUGCAUGCUGCUUGGUGUGCCCAUCUCGGUGCCAUAGCGCUGAAUGUGUGCGGCUCUCGUCAUGGCCUGUAGCCCACCUGUAGAGAGAGUCGGGCAGGACAGCCUCACACUUUAUAAGCACAUAACGAGGAAAAGGUGGCAAUUCUCAUGCUGCUCGACUUUUUUUCCCCCCAAAUCAGCAAAAAUUGAGAACAAAAUGAAAUCCUGGUGAGGGGCUUAUAGUUUUAAUGAAGAGCUAAUACAGCCAUGGCAGCAGCCUGUUGGAGUAACAACUCGGGGGUCUCAUCGCUCAGACACGGGUGAGAAUCACACACCUUGACCUUCAUGCUUGGGAUGUUCAAAAGCUUAGGACAACAGUAUAGCAGUGGGGAAUCUUAUUUAAUUCAUUUAUAUUUUUGGUGUUUUUAUGAAAUUUUAUUUAGCUGUUUAGAUUUAUUUUUUAGAUCUCGCUCGCUCUCUUGCAUCAGAACACAUUGCACUUGAACUUUUGGUUAUAAUCAAAUUUAUUUUCUGCAGCUGUUUUAACUUUGUUUUCUUAAGUAUUUUUAUUUUGCUUCAUUAAUAUAAAAAUGUAUGAAUAAAAAAAAAAAAAAAAGAUGGCUUUUCUGAA